AUCUUAAAAUAGGAAAUCUAAAUAAGAAAACUUUUAUAAAUUAAUAAAAUUUCAAAAUCCCAACAUUAUUAAUUUAUAGAGGUUCUACUGAACGAGACAUCACAAAUCUAGAAAAUUAUUUCACAGUAGUAAGAGUAAAUUGGAAAGAAAAAAACAGAAACACUGCACAUUAAUAUAGAAUAAAUUCAUACAAGUAUUUUUAGAAAGAGAAAUUUGAAUUGUCAUAGACUUCUGAGUUUCUAUAAGCAUAUAUCUAGGAGUAAUAAAGUAAAAUGAGACAGAGAAAGGAAAGAAAAGUUAAAUUAUGUAAUGAGAGUAAAUGCCAUGGAAGACUAAACAUCACAACAUCAUACACAAUUGACAUAUGAUAUAACGCAUCACGUGAUUAUGAGUUAAAAUUAAUUAGGUUUUGCUAUUAAUUCGCAUAAUUGCGGCUAGAAGGUUAUAACUGAAAUGGAUUAAUGUAGUUUAGUGGCCCUAGCGGUUCCUCAAUAACAUUUCGUUUUAAAAAAAAAAAGUCCAAACUCGCAAAUUAAUCAAACGGUCUUUUCUUUUCAGUGACAUCUCUCGUUCUCCGAGCCCUAAGCAAAUACUCCUACGAGAAGAAGAAGAUCAUCAUCAUCAUCUCGCUACUUACACAGGUGAGUUUUCUCUCAUUGUCUUCUUUUUGUUUUUUCGCUGUUUAUGACCAUUUUACAUAAGACGCUCUGUGAUUGGUGACUUGCUCUUCGUCACCUCUGUGUUCUUUGGAUUAAUCUCAUGCUUCGGUUCUUCUGAAUCUCUGUGUUUGACUGUCUGAGAUAAACUCAUUCAUUAUUGUGCCGUUCGAUUGGGUUUUGUGUAGCAGGGGGAAGUUUCUAGAACAUUAGGUUGAAAUCAAGUGUAUAAUCGAUGUAGAUUGUCUUCUCAACACUUUGUUCUUGCUACUGUUCAUUCAUUGGAAGAUGAUGCCUUUAGAGUUGCUAAGAUGUUGCCUUUGUAUAUGUGUGGUAGAAGAUAAAUGUUUAGUGUUACUAAGAUGUUGCCUUUGUAUGUGUGCAGGAAGAUUAUCGAAAUGAGAUCCCUUUCCGAUAAGAAAAAAAGGGUCUCUGCUGUUAGAGAUUUUCCAUAUGGAUGUGGGACUCGCUCUGUUCAGAAUCGUAGAAGCGUGAAUGGUCGUGAGGUUGUUCAAGCCGCAAGUGAGACACGACAUGAACCGAGUGGUGUUGCUAAUCGUGGUUACCACCACAGGCCUGGUUGUCCUGUUAACGAAGCUGAAUCGAUUGAUGAGAUUAUGAAGAAAGCCGGCUUCAAUGUCCCGGCUAGGAGUGUUGUUGACAGAGGAAGAUCUGUUUCAUCUUACAGUAAAUUUUGUGGAAGCAAGGUUAAGCCUUUGAGUUCAGAGGAAGCUUUCAGGCUAAGUGCUUCUCAGAGCAGAAGGAGACAACUUUCACAUUCACAUUCAUCCACCAGCAGUGAGAGGAAGCUUUUGUUAGCCAAAGCUGUGGAAAAACAGAGAAGCUCACCUGAGAACGGUGAUGCAGCUGCGCUAAGAAGACCAAUGACUCAUAAACCAAGUCAAAGACUUGGACUCAACCAGGUUACCAAAGCUCUCACCCCACGCGAGCAAGUUCAGAAGGUGUUGCGUAUUUUCAAACUCGUGUUUAAAGCGCUGAACAAAGACCAACCCGGGCGGCAUUACGAAGCACGAGCCAUCCUAAUGAACCAUGGGAUGCAUGUGAACGCUGAGAAGAUGAUUGGACGGGUCCCCGGAAUCGAAAUCGGAGAUAAGUUCCAGUACAAGUCAGAACUCAACUUGAUCGGUCUCCAUUUCGACAUCAGAGGUGGCAUUGACUACAUAACCAAAAGAGGAGGCUUGAAGCUAGCUACGAGCAUCAUUUCGUCGGAAGGGAAUGGUUACACGGAUAGGUUUAACUCUGAUGUGAUGAUUUACUCAGGCCAGGGAGGUAACUUGACGAGCAAGGAUCAGACAGUGGUCAAAGAUCAGAAGCUUGAAACGGGGAACUUGGCUUUGGCUAAUUGCAUGGAGGCAAAGACUCCGGUGAGAGUGAUACGUGGCGUAAAGGACCCGAGAGGAAAGUGUUAUGUUUAUGAUGGGUUGUACUUGGUUGAGGAGUAUUGGCGAGAGAGGGGACGUGGAGGUAGUCUUGUGUUUAAGUUCAAGCUUCGUAGAGUUCCUGAUCAAGAUUCAACUAACUUGAGAUAUCACUAGUGUGAGAUGGAAAAGGUCCUUUUUGGGUGUGUCUUGUGUUUAAGUUCAAGCUUCGUAGAGUUCCUGAUCAAGAUUCAACUAACUUGAGAUAUCACUAGUGUGAGAUGGAAAAGGUCCUUUUUGGGUGAGGAGAGAUAGUAUCAGACUGAUUGAUGUUUUAGAAAAGGAAUUUUGCUUGGCAAAAGCUAUAGCCUAUAGCUAAUCAUAACAUAACAGUAGGUUUGGAGUCUUUUGCUUUCAUGUCAGAUAUGCUUCUGUUACUUUUGCAUUGAUGCUUCCGUUUCUGUUUAUGUACAAAGUUAUUAAUAAUGCUACCUUACUGCCAGUUCCUUGCUUGGGUCUGUAAGAGCUGAAAGCAACCUUAAUAAAAGUAGUUCAUUGUGAGUCACUCUCAUUUACUGUCUCCAACUACCAUUGAGAAAGUAGAAGAAAAACACUUAUCAAAUUCUGUAUAUUUAACAGAAUAAAAAAAAGCUAUCAUCAGACUCUAUACAGAAAUGUAUAACAAUUUUGUAUUUACACAAAAACAUAAACAAAACUAACUAAAGAUGCUGUGUUCUCAAAUUAGAUGUAAUUAUCC